UCCGUAGCGGCAUGACUCCCAUUUCCACUCGACAUUUUUAGACAGAAAGUGUUUUUUAAUCUCAACGACCUUAUAUGGCGUUAAAAGCUAUGCGAUAAAAUGGAUCCCCCCUCUCUCUUUCGGCGUUCUCGCUCUUUGGCUCUCGAUUUUCCAUCGUCUCUUGGGACUUCGGCUUCCAUUGGUGCCUCUCUCUCUCUCUUCUAUUCCUUUCCUGAACGCUACUGCUGAUCCCGUUUAUAUAUGUAGAGAGAGCGCUGUUUUUCGAGAGUUUUACCCUCUCUUUCCCUUUCUUUCUCUCCUUCUUCGUUGAGGGGAAAGGACCGACCAUUCUCUUGCAGAGGAUUUGAGGCGUUGACUUACUUAUUCUUCAUUACUUCGCUCCUCUUUCAACAUGCUGUGAGCCUUUGGCGAAGUUUUUCUUGGUAAAUCAGUUUUCUUUCAUCUUAUCAUGCAAUUGGAUUGCUUUGCAAGGAGAUUCUUAUGUUCGCCCCCGUCCUCUUUGCUGUCUCCAGUGGCGCUUCCUUCUCCAAGGGAGACCCAUCUUUGGUAUGUCAUACCUGAUGAAGUACAAAAGAAAUCUCUGUUGAAGCUAUACAUGGAGCAACUAUCAUUGGAUGAAAAGGAAAAUAUUUACCAUUUCAAUGAUGACAAGCUUCAAAAGCAUGCUCUUUUGACUCGUACUUUGGUGCGCACUACCCUUGUGAGAUAUACAAGUUCUCAGCUAAGUCCAAAGUCAUUGGAGUUCAAGAAGAACGAAUUUGGCAAACCAGAGUUGUUAUGGGCAAAAGAGAAAAAUUGGGAGCCACCUUCACUACAGUUUAACAUCUCCCAUACACCAUCUUUGAUCGCGUGUGCUGUGACUUCUGGUGCUGUGAUUGGCAUUGACAUAGAAGAAAAACAAAGGAAGACAAGGAAUAACACCUUAUCUUUUGCUCGGCGCUAUUUCUCACCUGCAGAAGUUCAAAUUUUGGAGGCCCUGACAGACCCUGAUGUUCAACAGCAAGAGUUUAUCAAAUUGUGGACCAUGAAGGAAGCCUAUGUUAAAGCAUUGGGAAGGGGAUUUUGGGCGGCUCCAUUUAGGGACUUUACAAUUCGAUUUAGGGCAACUGAGGGGCUGCAGUCUUCUAGUCAACCUUGUUCUCCUCCAUAUACAUUAGAAACGGUUCUUGAAACUUCUAGCAGUCUGGAUAAGUUUGCAAGGAGUUGGAGGUUUGCACUCUUUGAGUUGGCUAAUACACACUAUGGUGCAAUUUGCAUGGAAAGAGAGGACCAUGUCAAGGAUGAACAAGGCUUGAUAAGAUUGAAGGCAUGGAAAACAAUUCCUUUUCUGGAGGAUAAAUUUGUAUCUGGUACUGAUGCAGUUAUUCCUAUCAGUGGUUUGACAACAAGUUAAUGUCGUCCAAUCCCCGAGUGAGAAAGGAAUCAAGGUUGUUCAUGGAUCAGAUUAUUUUCAGACAGGAAGGAUGUGAUUUUCAAGUAAAACAUCAUUACGAAGAGUUGUAACAUAUCUUAGUCCCAUUCAUAUCUAGAAGAGCAUUGCCAGCGUAUUGCUUCUCAUAAGAACAAUCAUGGUCCGAUACGGGAGCGAGUGAAGGGAUCUGUAUGCAUUUUCGUGUGAUGAUAAAUGUUAAACACUCGUUUUGCGAGAUACUAGCCUCUAGCAGCAUGUGAAGCUUUGAUGUUUUCUUUGCAGAACUAAAUCAGCUAGUUGGCAACCUUUUUGUGAAGCAUCUGCGAGCUUUCCGACACAAAACAAUAAUCUUAUGUUCAGUACAAACUUCAGUAUAGCCUUGAUUUGGUAUGGAAUAUAUGGUUGUCUUCUACUA